AUGUCCGAGACGAUAGAAGAACAACUCGUGGAGGGCAUGUCGUUCUUAUCGGCUCUAUUUGAAGUCGACUGGCAAGCAGCCUCUUCUAUAUUCCAGGAGGACGCUCUUCCCGACCUCAUAAUGGACGCCGUCGAUAUGUUUCCCGUAUCCUCUCAGGUUUCAUUAUCUGUCGCACAUCUUCUAUCGCAAGCGUGUGGUCACAAAUCUUGUCGCGCUCUCAUCACGUCUCAGGUUUUGCAGUGGCUUACUGGAAAAUCGCGUCAAACUAACGACAGUGUGCUCCGCGGAGCAGCCGCAGUAGCGCUAGUCAAACUAUCUCGAGGAGCUGGGGAAAAUGGUAUAGAUGUCGAGAAGAAUCGAGAGUUAUCCUCUGAUGACGGAGACCUCGUUGAGCUGAUGAGAGGAUUGGUUGUUAAUGAAUCGAAAACCUCUUCUGUUGCGGACGCUAUCGAAGGCCUCGCCUACAUGAGCACAAAUGCCAGAGUGAAGGAGGCCCUGGCAGGUGAUACCUCCUUCUUGAAACGCCUGUUCUCCGUGGUGCCACGUCGCAAAGGUACAGGCACUUCCUCCCAGUUCAUCCAGGAAUCUGCCAAAUCGCCUCUAUACGGUGUCGUCACCAUUAUUUCCAAUAUUUGCUCUUAUCGCCCUCGUCUUACGGAAGAAGAGGCUCAGAUUGAAAAACUAAAGCAAAUGGCUAAAACUCCCGGUAGCAUGUCGGGUGGUCGGAUUAACGAAGACGAUACAUUAGAGGAUGAUGAACACGUCAAAGCGCGAGGUGUGAAGAUGAUCCAAAGUGGUGUGUUAGACGUCCUGACAUCCACUGUACGAGCCACGGAGAGUCGAGCUGUCAGGCUUGCUGUGGGGAAGGCGCUGCUCAGCCUCGUGGAAAACAUAGAGAAUCGCGGUAAAGUUCUACAGUCGGGAGGUGCGAAGGCAUUGAUGGUGAUAAUCCAAGGGAUUCUCCCAUCUUCUAAUGCUCGUACAAGACUCCUGUCUCCUCAACUAGAUCUCCCAGAGAUCGAGGUCAUUCAAGCUUUGGCAAAGCUCGCAAUCACCUCGUCUCCACUGCAGGUUUUUGGACCGAACGAAGGAGCGUUGUAUGACGCAAUUCGACCCUUCGCUUUGAUGUUGGUACAACAUACUUCAAAUCUACUGCAGAGGUUCGAAGCCCUCAUGGCUCUUACGAACUUAUCGUCUCAAGGCAGCGAGAUUGCCAAUAAGAUCGCUUGUGCAGGGGGCCUCAUGGACAAAGUAGAAUUGCUCAUAUUGGAGGACCACACAUUAGUACGCAGAGCUUCGACUGAGCUCAUUUGCAAUCUCGUGGGUGGCUGCGAGGACGUCUUCAACAGGUACGGGGGCAAGCAUUCGGAGGCUUCGAACUCGAAAUUACAGGUCCUCGUUGCCCUUUGCGACGUUGAUGAUCUCCCUACGCGGUUGGCCGCAUCAGGUGCAGUGGCUACACUGACGUCCUCUCAAGAUGCCUGUCAGGCUCUGAUACAGCUUCAGCGCGAGCGUCGUCGGGUGUUGCCAAUCUUUGGACAUCUGGUUGAUCAAUCUAUUGGAACAUAUGAGGAGGAACAACAUGACAAUAACAAUCAAAGUGCUCCCAAUCCGGGUCUUGUCCACCGAGGGGCCGUUUGUAUUCGUAAUCUGCUCUAUUCUAUUCGGGAUACAGCCAUCCGCAAAGAGCUGGCGUUAGAGGCGGACCGCGCUGGAAUUGUGCGGGUACUUGUUGCUGUUAUCAAGUCUGCGGGAAACACAGAAUCCCCUGCGUUGCGGCCGGCAGCGGAAACCCUCAAGUGGCUUUUGGAAAGUGGUCUUGAGGUCGCGGUCUGA